AUCUUAAAAGGAGAUUAACUGGACAAUGACUACAUACUACUACAACCAGUUCAUCAUAAUACCAAAAAGGUAAUAAAUUCCUUAAGAGAGAAGGAAAGAAAAGAAUGACUUGUUCAACCUAAGCAUGUAUGUAUCACGAUUAUAUAAAUUGGAUUUUCAAUACUUGUUUCCUUCAUUAUUAAGAGUUGACUUGAUAUUCGAGUAUUUUAUUAUGAUCACCAUGUUGUAAUAAGGAAAUAAAUUAGCUCAGGGGAUGCAGAUGCAGGGAAUUGUUUCAAUUAGUUGAGAGAUGGGGUUGUCUUUCACCAAGCUAUUUAACAGCCUAUUUGGCAAGAAAGAGGUGCGUAUAGUAAUGAUUGGCCUCGAUGCUGCCGGUAAAACAACCAUUCUCUACAAGCUCAAACUCGGUAAAGUUGUCUCCACCAUUCCUACUAUUGGAUUCAAUGUGGAGACUCUGGAAUAUAAGAACAUUAGCUUCAAUGUUUGGGAUGUUGGUAGCCAACAAAGGGUAUACAAUAUUCACUAUUAGUUUUCACUUCUGAUGAACAUUAAAUUUUUGCUACAUAUUAAACGUAUUUACGCAGAUUCGUUCGAUGUGAAAGCACUACUUCCAGAACACUCAGGGCCU